AUGGCUAAUGAAGUGAACGGUGAGGAAUUUGAUGAAGAAACAGUUGAGAGAGAAGAAAACGAGAUUGAGCAGGUAGUGGAAGACUUCGUCGACGAGCCUCCUGUACGCCACGACGAGUGUCCCUCCAGUGAGGAUGAGGAUGAGGAUGAGGAUGAGGAAGGUGAACCUCGUAGGAAGGCGAAGGCAAAGGUCCCUGUGAAACACGGUGCUGGAGUACUUUACAAGGGGCAACGUUUCUUAAAUGGUGUGGCUUUCAAGGACUCUGUGCUCGAUUAUGCUCUGAAUACAGGCCAUAAUAUCAAGCAGUACCGGUAUGAUAAGGAUAAGAUUGGGUUCAUAUGUGUUGGUGGUGAAGGAUGUGAAUGGAAAGUGUAUGCGUCCACUCUUCCUAAGGAUAACGUUUGGAAAGUUAAGAGUCUUCAUAGAGGAGCAUUCAUGCUUUUUGUUGAUAAGAUUAUAGAGGAACCAGAAUACUACAUGCCCAUGAAGAUUGAAGAAUUGGUUCAUGAAAAAUGGGGGUUUACGGUAUCUAGGCCUCAGUGUCAGGCUGCAAGAAACAAGGCACUAAAGUGGAUUGAGUUCGAGAAUGAUCAUAUGUUUGCCCGGCUAAGAGAUUAUGCUGCUGAGUUGGUCCAUUCAAACCCGGAUUCGACUGUGGAGAUUGAGACUGUAACUAACACAAUUGGUCAGGAAGAGUUCAACAGGAUAUUUAUUUGCUUUGAUAACAUCAGAAGGACAUGGAAACAGUCAUGUAGGCAACUGAUAGGAGUCGAUGGAUGCUUCUUAAAGCACAAAGUCAAGGGACAGCUUCUUGUUGCAUUAGGAAGAGACGCAGAUAAUGCUAUAUAUCCAAUAGCAUGGGGGGCUGUUCAAGUCGAAAACACAGAAAACUGGUUAUGGUUUGUGAGAAAGAUCAAACAUGACUUGGGAUUGAAUCAGGGGCUUGGUUACAUACUGGUGUCAGAUCGACAAAAGGGAUUGAUAAGUGCUGUUCAGACUGAGUUACCACAGAUUGAACAUAGAAUGUGUGUACGCCAUAUCUAUGGUAAUCUGAAGAAGAAUCAUGCUAGUAGAAAGGAGAUGAAGUCAUUGAUAUGGAAUUUGGCAUGGAGCUACAACGAGGCUGAGUUCGAACAACGUUUAGAUAGGAUUUUAUGCUAUGAUGCUGAGUCUUUCAACAACACAAUUUCUAAGGCUAGAGAGUUUGCUUUUGUGCCAAUGCUAGAGGGCAUUCGUAGAUUGGCAAUGGCUCGUAUUGCAAAGAGAUCAGUCAUCUCUCUUGCCCACAAAGGUAUAUGUACACCAUAUGUUACAGACUUUCUUAAGGUUGAGCAUAAAAAUGCAUCAUUGUGCAAGGUUACUAGAAGUACAAAUGGGAUGUAUGAAGUAAAGUUGAGUUCAUGCACUUACCGUGUUAGCUUGGAGAGGAGGACUUGCACAUGCAUGAAGUUCGAAAUCUGUGGCAUCCCUUGUGAGCAUGCUUAUGGAGUGAUGCUGCAGAAGAAAUUAGCCCCUGAAAAUUAUGUGUGUCAGUGGUUUCGCACAUCUACUUGGCGAAGAAACUACAGAGAUGGUCUUGUCCCUGUGCGAGGUGCUGAGUUCUGGCCUAAAACGUCUGCUCCUGAUGUUCAUAUUCCUCCUGCACCGCCUCAACCUGGUCGAAAGAAGAUUACCAAAGCAGAUAAAAAAAGGAAGAAAGGAGUCAAUGAAUCACCGACAAAGAAAGCCCCAAAGAACAAGAAACGUAUUAUGCAUUGUGGGAUUUGUGGAGAACCGAAUCACAACUCAAGGUUUCACACAAAGCAACAGGCUUCUCAAGGUCCUCCUCGGGUUCCUUCUCAAGUUGCUUCUCCAGCUGCAUCUCAGCAAGUUGCUUCACCUGCUUCUUCAGCAGCAUCUGGUUGUCAUGUUUUGCACGGCUAUGAAGACAUGUGCUGA